GCAGUGGUUGUCAUUCACUAGAACAGAGAACCCAGGGCUAGGGCUACUUCCUGUUAGGUAAAAGUUGACACGGUAGAAGCAAUCAAAACAGAAAGGCUAAAAACUGCUGCACAUCACCUACAGGCCAAGCAACAGGAAGGAACGGCAUCCACAGAAAUAUAGUUUCAAGGAAUGUUAUGGAAAUGAGCAGGACAACCACUCUAUUGUUCUUGGUCACACAUGUGUCCUCUGCAGACGCCUCUAUGAGCGACCCGACAAAUUGCUAUAUUUUAGAUGUUUUUCUCCUGCUGUAUUCUAUCAUUUUCACUGCUCUCUACUUCCGAGAGAAGUUUACAAAGGAAGAGCCUGUUCCUCCAGAGCCUGCGACCCCGGCCCGUAACCCCAAUGAGCCUGUCUAUACAGACUUGGAUCUGCCUCAGAUGAGUUCCGAUUAUCAGCAACUGGAUAGACCGAUUCGAAGACGGGAGCCAGAGACACAUUAUCAGGAACUGAGAGGAGCAAGAAAUGAUGAAUACCAGGAAAUAAAACCUAAAGGAAACAAACCUCGCAAAGGCAAGAGCAAACCUGAUGAGGCUCGAACAGGGAGAAAAAGGGAUGCAGCCGAGGCUGUGGAGAUGGAAACUUUUCCCACAUCACACGAUUAACACACAGCACAAACCCACGAGCAACUUUUAUAUCUUCCAACUUACACAGUUUAUCUGUAUCUUUGUUGGAUGCAUUUAUGUGUCUUGUUUUAUAUAUACACUGUUCAAAAGUUUGGGGUCAGUAAAAUUUUUAUUUUCUAGAGAAAUGAAUAUAAUUCAGCAUGGAUGCAUUAAACUGAUUAAAAAGUGACAUUUAUAAUGUUAUAAAAGAUUUAUAUUUCAAAAUGCUUUUUUAAGCAUUCUAUUCAUCAAAGAAUCCUGAAAAAAUGCAUCACGGUUUCUACAAAAAUAUUAAGCAGCGCAACCGUUUUCAAUAUUGAUAAGAAAUGUCUUGUGCAGCAAAUUAGUAUAUUAGAAUGAUUUCUGAAGGAUCAUGUGACACUGAAGACUUAAGUAAUGCCUUUAGCUUUUCCCAACCCUGGAAUAAAUAACAUUUUAAAAGAUAUUAAAAUAGAAAACGGUUAUUUUAACAUUGUGAUGUUUCACAACAUUAUUGUUUUAAUUGAUUAUUUAAUCAAAUAAGCUUUAAGAUUUUUCAAAAACUUUUUAAAUAAUAUUACAGACCCCAAACUUUUAAACGGUAGUGUGUGUGUGUCUGUGUGUGUGUGAGAGAUAUAUGUAUGUAUGUAUGUAUGUAUGUAUGUGUAAAUAUAGUAUAUAUGCAAAUUUUGGUUGCAAUAGAGUAUUUUGUAUGUUAAUGCAAGGCAGGAACAGAUCAUUUCAGACAAAUUUUAAAAGGCUAUUUAAGAACUAGACCUCUGUCUGGAGAAGUUGGAGACAGUGCUGUUAUUUUCUACAUAUUUUGUAUCUGUAAAAUAGUCAAUUUGACUGUGAUUACUGUAAAACAUAAGGCUUGAAAUGAAAUAAAAUUGAUAAACUCACAAUAAUCCAAAAUAUGCCAAAUAUUAAAAGACCAGAGACAUGUUAGAUUAUUAAAACACUUGGAAAAUGGUUUAAUGAUGUUUACAACAAAAGAGAACUGUACAGUUACAGUAAAAGAUUAUCUUUAUAUAUAUAUAUAAAAAAAAAAAAAAAAUACAGCAGACAAAUGCAUCAAAUCUACCAUGUAUCCUGAUUCACAUACUUAUAUUCUACACAAUCAUUCAGUUCUAAGCUACAGCGAUGUAGCCAUUUAGCGUUCAGUCUUGGGUGUAUGUUCGCUUGAUAGCAGGCCACGAAUGGCACUAGAGUUCAGGUCUGUAGUGAUACUCAGAACCCAACCAAUCAUCACUAUUACAACAGUGAGUUACAGCGUUCUGAAGGAGAUAUAGAAGUACAAUCUACAGUAUGAGACAGGGUGAAAAAUGGAACACAUUCCUUGAGCUUUAGCUGUAGGAAAUAUGGAAAUGCCAUUAUAGAGAGGGAUUUCUUUUGAAAUCAAUGACUAAAGUAUUAUUUACAUAGUCUUUUUUUUUUUUUUUUUUUU